CGUUGAGUUGAGAGAGAUGAUAUCAAUUUUUUGCUUUGAUAUUUGUCUGCUGCCAUGUGAAAACGAGACUUGUCCAAGACAGCAAUGUGGGCGUGUCCUAAUCGGAGCAUCAAUCCAGCAAGGAACUGUCCUAUAGUACAGAUAAGGAGCUCCCCGGCCGCAUGCAUGGUCGGUCGCCAAUCAGCCACGAUUCCCAGUCCUCACCAAUUUUUACUGCCGGCUUUCUAGUCGGUCUUACUGCACUCAUCAGUGAUCGGCAACACAUUUUUUCAUGAACCUCGCGUCCACGGUGCUAGUGUUCCUGGCCUACAGCCUGCUGCUCCACCGGUGCAUGGGCAUGGGGUCCGAGAACGCCGGAGGCGUGUUCGAUCAGGGGGGCCACGGCGUCAGCCUCACCCGCCUCGACGAGGCCAGCAGGGCGCCGUCGAGGUGCGCCGUGCGGCCGCCGCACCCGUCCGGCGCGGCCAGCCUCCCGCCGAAGCCGCUGCUCGUCGCCGCGCCGCGCGAGGCCGGGGAGUACCCGGUCCUCCUGUUCCUGCACGGCUACCUCGCCGUCAACUCCUUCUACUCCCAGCUGUUCCAGCACGUCGCCUCCCAUGGCUUCAUCGUCGUCGGACCUCAGCUGUACACCAUAUCCGGGCCGGACACCACCGAGGAGAUCAACGCAGCGGCGGCCGUCAUCGACUGGCUCGCCACCGGGCUCCCGUCCACUCUGCCACCCGGCGUCCGCGCGGACCUAACCAAGGUGUCCGUCUCCGGCCACAGCCGCGGCGGGAAGGUGGCGUUCGCGCUGGCGCUCGGGCGCGCCAAGGCCAAGCUCGCGCUUCCUCUCGUCGCCCUCGUCGCCGUGGACCCCGUGGACGGCAUGGGCGUGGGCAAGCAGACGCCGCCGCCGGUGCUCACGGGCAGGACCACCUCGCUGCACGUGGGGGUCCCCGCCAUGGUCAUCGGCACGGGGCUCGGCGAGCUGCCCCGGGGCCCGCUGCUCCCGCCGUGCGCGCCCCGGGGCGUCAGCCACGCGGCCUUCUUCGACGAGCUGGACCGCGCGGCGCCGGCGUGCCACCUGGUGGCCAGGGACUACGGGCACACGGACAUGAUGGACGACGACACGCCGGGCGCCAGGGGGAUGCUCACGCGCACCGUCUGCAGGAGCGGCGGGGCCAGGGCGCCCAUGCGACGGUUCGUGGCCGGCGCCACCGUCGCGUUCCUCAACAAGUGGGUGGCCGGGGACGCCGCGGCGAUGGACGGCAUCAGGACGCGGCCGGACCAGGCCCCCGUCGCGCUGUCCGUGGUGGAGUUUCGGGAUGAGAAAGCGAUAGAGGAUCUGCAGGCACCAGCCAGGCAGCCCACUCAGGCAGGAACCAAGGUGGAGGGGCGGAGCCUGAUGACGGAGGGGUAAAACAAAACUAGACGUGACUAGAUAAUGGAUGAACGGAUGCCAGGGCUUCGUGCUAAAUCAGAUGAUUGUAGCCUAGGCCUAGCUUUUAGAAACCUGUUCAGAGUAGGUGCAUUACACAUGAAAUUAGCCUUGUUCAGGUCCAAGUAAACUUUAUAUCUUAUCGAAUGUUAGACAUAUGUAUGAAGUAUUAAAUAUAAACUAAAAAAUAGCUAAUUAUAUAGAUUGUAUAACUAUUUUACGAGACGAAUCUUUUAAGCCUAA